GGCACGCUGAGGGCAGGCGAGGCCGGCCCGGACCCCGCUGCUCAGACGCCUGGACCAGAGGAAGCCGUGGCGUCGGGAGCUGGGGAGUGAGAGGCGGUGGACGUGGCCAGGAAUCUGACGCCGAGCUGGCUUCCAGGAGGCUCAGGGAAGCUUCUCCAAGUGGAUAUUAAAAAGGAGCCGAGUGGGUGGAGAGAGGCCGCCGGAAGCACCGAGCCGCCAGCCUGGACACGGUCCUCCCUCCGUGGUCCCGUCGCCUGCCCGUCCGUGGACCGGGACCCGGGCCGUGGGAGCCCUUCGAGGCCCAGGGCUGCCCUCGCUCCUCCCCCUCCCUCCUCCUCCUCUUCCUCCUCCUCCUCCUCGCUUUCCUGCUCCCCGCACUCCGAUUUAGACACAAUGCUACGCGGCGCCGGGCACACAUAUGAGCAGCACAUGGAGAUGUGAUCGGAGGGCUCGCGAUCGCAGCAGAUUGAAGAAAUUAGACCAGACAAAGCGUGUUUUGGAGGAGGAGGAGAAGGAGGAGGAGGAGGGAGGGCGACGGGAGGAAGGGGAGGACGCCUCUGGAGAGGGGACCGGGACUCCGCCCGCUGCCAAGUCUGUCGAAGUGAUGGAGAGAGACCGGAUCUCAGCCUUGAAAAGAUCUUUCGAGGUCGAGGAGGUCGACACGCCCAACUCCACCCCACCCCGGAGGGUGCAGACGCCCCUGCUCCGGGCCACCGUGGCCAGCUCCACCCAGAAGUUCCAGGACCUGGGGGCGAAGAACUCGGAGCCACCCGCCCGCCAUAUCCAGGUGCCCAAGUCGGCCGAGGUGCCCGCCGCCCCCGCCCCGUCCCUGGAGAAUUCAGAGCCCGCCCCGCUGUCUCAGCUGCAGAGCAGGCUGGAGCCCAAGCCCCUGCCUCCCUCGGCCGAGGCCCCACCCAGGAGCCAGGAAGGUUCCCCGGGGCCAGCGGAGGCCGGGGCCUGCGGAUUCCAGGUCCUGGCGCGGGAAGGCAUCGGCCGCCGGUGUGGCGACCAGAAACGGCAGCACAGCUCGGCGUGCGGGGAAUUUUCCACAAACGAGAAGGCCCCCGUGGACUUUGGCUACGUGGGCAUCGACUCCAUCCUGGAGCAGAUGCGCCGGAAGGCCAUGAAGCAGGGCUUCGAGUUCAACAUCAUGGUGGUCGGGCAGAGCGGCUUGGGGAAGUCAACCUUGAUCAACACCCUCUUCAAAUCCAAGAUCAGCCGGAAGUCAGUGCAGCCACCCAGCUCAGAGGAGCGCAUCCCCAAGACCAUCGAGAUCAAGUCGAUCACGCACGAUAUCGAGGAGAAGGGCGUCCGCAUGAAGCUGACGGUCAUCGACACGCCGGGCUUUGGGGACCACAUCAACAACGAGAACUGCCUCAGGCCCCUGGACAUUGAGUUCAUGAAGCGCCUGAGCAAGGUGGUCAACAUCGUGCCAGUCAUCGCCAAGGCCGACACGCUGACCCUGGAGGAGAGGGUCUACUUCAAACAGCGGAUCACCGCCGACCUGCUGUCCAAUGGCAUCGAUGUGUACCCCCAGAAGGAGUUUGACGAGGACGCGGAGGACCGGCUGGUGAACGAGAAGUUCCGAGAGAUGAUCCCGUUCGCCGUGGUGGGCAGUGACCACGAGUACCAAGUGAACGGGAAGAGGAUCCUCGGCAGGAAGACCAAAUGGGGCACCAUCGAAGUUGAGAACAUCAUGCAUUGUGAGUUCGCUUACCUGCGGGACCUCCUCAUCAGGUGAGACCUGGGGGGGGACCCAAAUCGGGGUGUGGGCG